AUGUCUGCGACGGCGCAGCCGUGGGGGUCGAUGUUCUGCUGCGUGAGCGGCGGCGCGGUUUCGGGCGAGGACGACGGGCCGUCGCCGCCGCCGCCGCGGCGGAGGGCAGCCGCAGCCGGAGGAGGGACCGGGGAGCGGCUCCUGCUGCUGCAGCCCUCGACGUCGGCGUCGCGGGUGUCGCUGUCGAGCCUCAGCUCAUCGGGGACGCUGACGCCCGAGGACCUGUCCGUGACGCUGUCCGGGUCCAACCUGCACGCCUUCACGUACGCCGAGCUGAGGGCCGUCACGGGGGGCUUCUCCCGCGCCAACUACCUGGGAUCCGGCGGGUUCGGCCCCGUCUACAGGGGCCGCGUCGACGCCGGCCUGCGCAAAGGGCUGGACGCGCAGCAGGUGGCCGUCAAGUCUCGACGGCUCCAUGCCAUGGACGAGGAGGAUGAAGAUCGCCGUCGGCGCGGCCAGGGCCUCGCCUUCCUCCACGACGCAGACACGCCGGUGAUCUACCGGGACUUCAAGGCCUCCAACAUCCUGCUUGACGAGGACUACAACACCAAGUUGUCGGACUUCGGGCUCGCCAAGGACGGGCCUCAGGGCGACGCGACCCAUGUCACAACGCGCGUGAUGGGGACAAACGGAUACGCGGCGCCAGAGUACAUCAUGACGGGGCACCUGACCGCCAAGAGCGACGUCUACAGCUUCGGGGUGGUGCUCCUGGAGCUCCUGACGGGCCGGCGGUCUGUCGACCGGGCUCGGCGGCCCAGGGAGCAGAGCCUGGUGGAUUGGGCCAGGCCCUACCUCAGGAAGCCCGACAAGCUGUACCGGGUCAUGGACCCGGCCAUGGAGUGCCAGUACUCGUGCCGAGGGGCUGAACGGGCUGCUAUGGUGGCGUACAAGUGCCUGAGCCAGAACCCGAAGUCUAGGCCCACCAUGAGGGAGGUGGUCCAGUCCCUGGAGCCCGUCCUGGACAUGGACGACUACCUCCAGAUCGGCCCGUUUGUGUUCACCGUCGUAGUGGAAGAUGGCGACGGCAAGAGCAACGACGGUGGCGAAGGCAAGGUUGUUGACGGGGAGAAGGUUGACGUGACGAUAGAGACGACGGUGGAGGAGAAGAAGCAGCACCACAUGAGCCACCAGGACCGGCACCGGCAGAAGUUCCCCAACUCGGCGGUCCACGCUGACGUGGUGCUGCAUUACCGGGACGGCGGCGAACUCGGCCCGCACAUUAGCGCGCUGCGGCGGCACCGGAGGACGUCCAGCUACGUCAAGGAGAGAGGGGCGUAG